GCCCCUGGCCAGCCUGUUUGGGUGUCUCAGCUGCUCCCCAAAUCACCCCACUGCUCACUAGUGAGUCUAGGGAACAAGCAGGAGAAACAGUAAAACAGCAGGAUCUGUUCCUCCUCCCGCACACUUCAUAGAUUCACAGAUUUUUAGGCCUGACGUGGCCACCAUUUGCUCUCCUAAUCUGACCUGGAUUUCACAGGCCAGGAAGUUUCACCCACUUACCCCCACAUUAAGCCCAAUAGCUUGUGUGUCACUAAAACACGCCUCCCAGACAGACCCCCAGCUGUGAUGGGAGGACAUCAGGAAACAGAGAAUCCACCACUUCCCCUGAGCCCAGCUACCCCAAACCCUCCAUCUCCCUGCAGCCCAGCGGGGAGGGGGGGUGUCGCCCUGGGGGGAACCGUGACCGUCCAGUGUCGGGGUCAGCACCGGAACAUGAGGUUCCUUCUGUACAAAGAUGGAAACCCAAACGUGCUGCAGGACAUGGAGCCGGCUGGGGACGUGGCUGAGUUUCCCAUUCGCAACAUGAGCCGGAGAGACGCAGGGAGCUACAGCUGUCGAUAUAGCACCAAAUCCGACCCGCCCGUCUGGUCAGAGCCCAGCGACCCCGUGGAGCUGGUGGUAGCAGGACAUCUGGUCGGCCUAGUCAGAACAGCCAACAGACGGUGCAAGAGGAUGGCUCAAGCGGCAAUGAACCGUCCUAAGAAAUUUCCCUGCAAACUCGGGAUGUACAGAGGCUGUAAUCAGAGAAGCCGCGACGGGACCGUAGCGCGGUGGGUUCUGGCCUAGUGCCUGGGACGUUCCGACUCCAGCUCCUGGGGCUCCAUGAAUGUAAAUUGUUGCCCAUGAAGUGGGUUUAAUUCAGCCAAUGGCAGUUACUGGUCAGGCAGCUCAGCAAUAGUUCCCAGUGUGACCCUACCCAGCAGUUCCUGCUACACCAGCGAACUCCGAUUCACUUGUGAUCAUUCCCCACUGAACUGAUUUCUCCUUCCCCAGCCGAUGGAGAGAAAACGCAAUAGGCGUCUGCUCCUGGUGGGAUUCUGCAGC